AUGACUGCUGGAAAGCCACUAAUCGUGCAAGAGCAUCGGGACUUGUCCCUCCCGCGGAUAUUAUGCCUCCACGGCGGCGGCUCGAAUGCGAGGAUCUUCAAAGCCCAGUGUCGAGCUUUGAGCAAGCAACUGGCCCCAUUCUUCUUGUUGGUGUUCGUCGAAGGCCCCUUUCCAUCCGAGCCAGGCCCAGAUGUCACUUCAGUCUACCAACGCUUCGGGCCAUAUCGUCGUUGGGUCAGGUCAGGGCCGCAGCAUCCAGAGAUUGAAGCCUCCGAGGUCAAACUGGAGAUAGACCAAGCAAUCCUGUCGGCAAUGAAGGAGAGCGAUCGUCAAGGAGCAACAGGCGACUGGGUGGCGUUGAUGGGCUUCAGUCAGGGCGCCAAGUUGGCAGCCAGCUUAUUGCUUCGACACCAACUUCAUGCAACCAACGCAAUCUCAUCCCUUGCAUCCGUUCGGAUUCGAUUUGCCGUGCUCAUGGCCGGCCGAGCGCCCCUGGUAUCCCUCGACCCAUACACGCAGUCAGAUCCAGCAUUCUUAGAUGCAGGAGAUUUCGCGCCAAUGGACUGCCUGUACGAAUCCCUCUGCAGAUGUCAGGAUGCGCACCUCUUGCGCCUACCAACGAUCCACGUGCAUGGUCUGAAGGACGCUGGUCUGGUCUUACAUCGGGCUCUUUCAGCCGCACACUGCUCGCCUGAGUCCACGACACUUGUGGAGUGGGAUGGCCAACACAGAGUGCCCAUCCAGACGAAGGAUGUGCUGCCAGUGGUGGACGCCAUCCUGGAUACUGCACAAGCCACCGGAACGUUGAGGUAG